AUGUUGGAGAAGGUUUUGAAUCAAACAGCCGUGAAAAACAGCGACUUCUUUGCGAUAGCUAAAUCACACUUGGCUGCUCUGAAAUGCCAUCGGAAGUUGGAAAUUGCUCUUGAGGCCCAGCAUGAAAACCUCAAGCAGGUAUUAACCGAGUUACAAUCAUAUCAGCUUCGUUUGAAGAACUUGCAGCGGGUCAACGAAGAAAGUUUUCGCUACAUCGUAGACGCUGAUGUCCGAAAAUCCUCUCAGCUUUUGUACAACUACUUUACAUACGGCCCAGUCGAAGGUCUGGAGUGUAACGUUGUCGGUCAGGGUGGCCGAACGCCACAUAUAAACUGCGCCAUUACGUCACUGGCAUACUACAAGGCCCUGCACAAAAAGGUUGUCGAAGAAAAGAAUUUUCUUCUGACCCUCAACCAGACGUCACAACUGGCAAGCGAAAAGCCAAGAUAUGCGAACUGGCAGCACAAGUCACCUUUUGGCGAUGACCAGCCGAUCGCCAUCGACUUUGACAAAGAGAAGAGGUUCUUGAAUGCCCUCGCUCCUCUGCGUAAUCUUCAGCUGAAUGAACCCACUAAACCUAAGCUGUUUCCACGCAGCCACACUGACGCGGCUGAAUUGGCGCAGCGAUUUUGGGACAACAAUUCGUGGCCGUCUGUCAAUGAGUGCAAAGAACUGGAAAACUUCAAGGUCGAUCCGUUGGAUAGCUUCUUCCUAUCGCCGGAAAAUAAAGGCUUCGAGUAA